AUGACCAGCAACAUCACUACUUGCAACAGAAACCACAGCAACAUCAACGCCCCUGAUGUUAUCUAUCUAUCUAUCUGUCUAUCUAUCUAUCUAUCUAUCUAUCUUAAACCGCUUAUUCCAUUUCCACGGAUUUUCCAAAUCUAUUUCUCCAUAUCCGUAUUGGUUAACGAGAGGGUGGAGACAAGUAGGACGCGUUCCAACCCUAAAUACUGGUUUCCCCACUCGACACAUCUAACCAACGAGACACACUUUUCUUACCUCCCUCCCUCCAUCACUAUCUAUUUUUUCUCUCUCUCUCUUCGGCUGAGCGCACAAUUUUCCCUUUGUCUCCCCCACCCUUUUUAUAACCACAUCAAAAUCUCGACCAUUUACCCCUUCUUUGUACAACACCGCAUCUCCACCCGCUGGUUCGUUCGCAAGCGGGUAGGCAGUGUCUUUAAACGCUCUGAAUGGUAUCCCUUCGUCCUCUGCUGGUCAUUCAUUUGGCCGAUGUCCAGAGUUGGGAAACGUUGUGCUCGCAACUCGAAUAACGGUACUGUUGUCGGUGUGGUCGGUGUCGGAGAGCUGGUUGGUUUGGUUGGGGUCGGACCUCCGGUCGUUAACGUCCCUGCCUGCCCAACGUCGACUGCAGCUACUGUUACGACGAACAUUCUCGCGGCACCGCCGACGUCAGAAACCUCGACGUCAACAGCGGCUGUAGCGCUGCGUCUAACCGCUGAUCCGCCUGUCACUAUACCAGCUGUUUUGAGACCAGUUAGCGCGCCAGCCCCGAUCACAACAAACGUGACCACAUCGAACGUUAUCUUAAACGUUAGCAGGGUAUUAAACAAUCACAGCACUACUACAACCACUACUACCACGAAUAAUAAUCAUAAUUUUAAAAGUUAUAAUAAUAAUAACAUUAAUAAUAUUAAUAAUCACGUUAAUGACACUAAUAACAACUUUAGCCAUAUUAAUCACAACAGUAAGAAGAUGAGGGGUAAUAUUUCUAAGACGUCAUGCGGUAACGGAUUUGUUGAGCUGCCGCCUAAACCACUGCUACCGACACUUCAACAGCCGUAUCAGCAGAACCAAAAUCAGCAUCAACCGGAACUGCUCCGCUGCAAGCGACGUAUCGACUUUUCAGGUCUCGGGUUUACGCUCCCUCGGGCCCAGCCGGCCGCGGUAGCGCGUCGUAACGAACGCGAACGAAAUCGGGUCAAACUCGUCAAUCUCGGGUUUGAGGCACUGCGUGAACACGUUCCCAAUGGACGCAAGAAUAAAAAGAUGAGCAAGGUGGAAACGCUCCGUGCAGCGGUGCAGUACAUCAAAGAGCUGCAGGAAUUGCUGCAUCAUGAACCGGACUUCCUGGACAUUAGCGAUUUGGAGGUGUGCGCGGCCGCGGCUGCCGCAGCUGCCCAGCUGACAUCAUCAGUGAGUGUGGCCGACUCAACAGUGUCAACAUGCAUCACUUCAAAGUCGAUCUCCCCACCUCCAAAUUCGGAUAUUAGUUGCUCCCCCAGCUCAAGCCUUUGUUCAGAUUCCGGGUCAUCUUGUGACCCUUUCAACGAAGACGAUUUAAUUGACUUUUCUCGUCUUCUUUAA